ACAAUCGUGAAUUCAAGACCAGAACACUUCGCUAAUGGGUAUUUAAAUAAAACGCUCCUCCUGCCCUUCUUCUUCUUCUUCCUCUCCUCCUGCGAUUUCAACAUUAUGCCUUUCGUCCUCAAACCUUUCCCUACACCUCUUUGCGAUUCUUAUAUCAAAAAUUAAUCUACACUCAGUCGCGACUCAAUCACAAUGGGAAUUGCUAAAAUCUUAGUUGUCGGCGCCAUUCAAGGCAAGCUGAAAAAGGCCUUUGAGAAGAUCAGUAAACUCCAGGCCAAACAAAACUUUGACCUCGCGCUCAUCAUCGGCGAUGUCUUUGGAUCUACAAGUGAUAAUGAUGCCACUGCAGACCUGAGUGCCUUGCUAGGUGGUCAGAUCAAUAUACCAUUAGCAACCUACUACACUACUGGCAGCUCGCCCUUCCCAGAUCCUGUCCAGCAGAAGCUCGAGGCCGAUGAAGACGUUUGCCCCAACUUGUUCUUUCUCGGACGCAAAGGCACAUUUACUACGACUGAAGGUGUCAAGAUUGUCAAUCUAGGUGGCAACUUGAUCCAAAACGAAGCACAAACUGCAGAGGCGAUCGGCAAGUGUGACUCGCGAUAUCUUGACAAUGAUGCGCGUGGCCUUCAUGGCGCUAAUUCAGCUCACAUUCUCCUUACCAAUGAAUGGCCAAAGAACAUCAAUCACGGCUCUCAGAUCAGACUCCCAGAGGAGUUAAAGUCACAGUCCAGUUCGCAAUCAGUUUCUAAUCUUUGUGAAGCACUCAAGCCCUGGUACCACUUCUCCAGCUCGCCAGAAUCAUUGUGGGAACGUGAGCCGUUUGAGCAUGUGCUGGAGUACCAUUCACUUGAUCAACCAUCAGUGACCAGGUUCAAAAGCCUGCCAAGCGUUGCCAGUCCAACCAAGGAAUGGAUGACGGCAUUUUCUCUGGAUACCUCGAGACCUCCUUCCACCGUCGGGCCACCAACCAAAUCACCAUUUCAAGCAAGCUCGCCCUCGCGCAAAAGGCCGGCUGAUGAGGGCAACUAUCAGCGAUAUGAUCGAGGUGGCCGUCAUCAAGGUCGUCAUAACAAGCGGGCGCGAGGCAAUCGCUUCGAUAGCAGUGACUGCUUCAUGUGCCUGAACAAGAGUGACUUCAAAACUCACAUGGUUGUGUCCAUUGGGGAGGAGAGUAUGGUCACGACACAGCGAGGACCCUUGUCCACCAUGUCCACCUUUCCUCAACUCUCGUCAUCUGGACACGCAAUGAUCAUCCCACACUACCACGCUGCCGAUGAGCUCGCACAUGGCAAGAGGUCUGUUGAAGAAGUAGCAAAUGAGUUCAAAGAGAUGAACAAGUUCCGUAUGGCGCUCAGCAAAAUGGUCGGAAGUAAGAGUCAAGGUCAGCUUGGCACUGUUUGCUGGGAGGUUCGUCGCAACGGCAUCCGCCAUCACCACUGGUCAUUGAUUGCAUGUCAUGCCGACAAGAUCAAGAACGGACUUGUGGAAGCCGCAUUUAAGGUUGCGCGGGAGCAACAUGGGUAUCCUGCUUUGGAAAACUGCGACCCCGAGAGCCAGCUUCCCUCGGACUCCGAUUACUUCAGAGUGUGGACAUGGGUGUCUAAUCCCGUCGAAAUGGCAGAUCAGACCAACGGGGAUGCCACUGAUGAUCAGAAUGUAGGAACGAGCACGUCAAUGUUCUUUCCACUAUCAGAAGAUCUGAAGUUCAAUAUCUGGUUCGGAAGAGAGGUCAUGGCUGGUCUGCUGAAGCUGGAAGAUCGUGUGAAUUGGAUGCACGCAUUGCUCCGGAAAGACGGGAGCGAGCAGACUGCAGAGGAAGAAGAUGCCGAAGGAUUGAAGAGAGACUUUGAGGAUUUUGAUUUUGCUAUGAAAUAGGCUGCGAGGGAGAAGAAGCCUGAUGAGCAUUGCUAACGGUCGAUGGAUCAGAUCAUCGAGUAAGUAAUUAAUUGGGCGUCAGGACCGUGGUAAUUAAAUCUCAUUUGAUUGCUUCCAUCUCUCGCACCACAUUUUGUGAAUACGGAGUAGGCUGAGAGAGCAUUGACCAGGCUUCAGAAGAACUCUGGAAGACGGAUGUUUGGGGUUGCACCAAAGUCAUGACCGAGGUCAGUCAGUGGACGCGUGGAUGCAGGAACCAUAUUUAGUGAUGGAGCCCAGCGUGGGCACUUUUCAAGAUUUA